AUGUCUAAUCCUAUAUUGGAAAAAUCGUUAGAUGAAAUCAUUGGCGAAAAAAAGCCGGCAAAAAAAUUUCCACAUGGGCCAAAAAGAGGUAACUCUAGAAUCAAUAAACCAGUAUGUAUCUAGUAAUAUGGCAAUGAGGAAAAUAGGUUACUAACUCAUUCAAUCAGCAUCAAAGACCAAAAGGUCCACAUGGAAGAAAUGAUAGGCCAAGACCGUCGAGUUCGGUUCCAAGAGAAGUUACAGCUAUUUCUAAGUCAAAGCCUAUUCUUAGAGUCAAGAAUAUUCACCCGGAUUUGAAUGGAGAAGAUUUAUCUAACUUAUUCGAUGGCGUCGCUCCGGUCGAGUUUGUUAAAUUUGAUCCUAGAAAGGAUGAUGUUGCAUAUGUCUGUUUCCAAUAUGAUCAUAAUAAGAACAACUCCAUAGCCAUCUCGAAAUUCGACGGCAGAAAAGCUAUGGGUGAAAAUUUGGUCGUAGAAAGUGCCACGUCGUUAGCAGACCGUAUAGUUGCUCCUAGGGGAAAUACAAGAGGUCCAAGAAACGCAGCUCCUGGAGGAAAACCACAGAAUCCAUUGAAGAAGAAACAAAAGCCACAGAAGAAGUCGGUUGAUACAUUGGAUGAAGAGCUUUCCGCUUACAUGUCUGGUAAGAGUGAAGAGGAAUUGAAAAAAGAAUCGAAAGUGAACAAGCUUGAUAAUGAAAUGGAUAGUUAUUGGAGCAAUAAGAAUGAAAAUGAUUCUAAUGCAGCAAAUGAGAAUUCUAAUGCAAACGCUAAUCAGCCUGAUGAUACAGCAGACGAAAUGAAAUUGGAUUAA